AUGCCCUUCAGCAACACCCACAACAAGUACAAGCUCAAGUACUCGGCCGAGGAGGAGUUCCCCGACCUCUCCAAGCACAACAACCACAUGGCCAAGGUGCUGACGCCGGCCAUCUACCAGCGCCUGCGCGACAAGGAGACCCCCAGCGGCUUCACGCUCGAUGACGUCAUCCAGACCGGCGUGGACAACCCCGGGCACCCGUUCAUCAUGACGGUGGGCUGCGUGGCCGGCGACGAGGAGUCCUACGAGGUCUUCAAGGAGCUCUUCGACCCCGUCAUCCAGGACCGCCACGGCGGCUACAAGCCCACCGACAAGCACCGCACCGACCUCAACCACGAGAACCUCAAGGUGACCGGACGCCGGGGCCCCUCGUGGGUGCCUGGGGUCCUCGUGGGUGCUGGGAAUGGGUGGAAAUCAAGGAGACCCGGGUCCCUCAUGGGCGCGCGAGGGGCUGCCCUGCCCAGCCUGGAAGGGGAGUUCAAGGGCCGCUACUACCCGCUGAAGGCCAUGACGGAGGCGGAGCAGCAGCAGCUCAUCGACGACCACUUCCUCUUCGACAAGCCCGUGUCCCCGCUCCUGCUCGCCUCGGGCAUGGCCCGCGACUGGCCCGACGCCCGCGGCAUCUGGCACAAUGACAACAAGACCUUCCUGGUGUGGGUGAACGAGGAGGACCAUCUCCGCGUCAUCUCCAUGGAGAAGGGCGGCAACAUGAAGGAGGUGUUCCGGCGCUUCUGCGUCGGCCUCAAGAAGAUCGAGGAGAUCUUCAGCAAGGCCGGGCACCCCUUCAUGUGGACCGAGCACCUGGGCUACAUCCUGACGUGCCCCUCGAACCUGGGCACGGGGCUGCGCGGCGGCGGGCACGUGCGCCUGCCCAAGCUGAGCCAGCACCCCCAGUUCGAGGCGGCGCUGGGCCGCCUGCGCCUGCAGAAACGCGGCACCGGAUCCUCCUCCCCGGCGGCCGUGGGCGCCGUCUUCGACAUCUCCAACGCCGACCGCCUGGGCUUCUCCGAGGUGGAGCAGGUGCAGAUGGUGGUGGACGGCGUCAAGCUCAUGGUGGAGAUGGAGAAGAAGCUGGAGCAGAACCAGCCCAUCGACGACAUGAUCCCGGCGCAGAAAUAGGGC